AUGAGCUCGUCGUCUGAUGAUUCCGACUCUGAUUCAUCACGGGACUCGAGCCAGGAGAGCUCGAGGCAAGCUUCGCAACCAGCAUCGCGCCGCCAGUCGCAAGUACCCAGUGCACCGCACAUUAAGUUAGGCGUCAGAAGGGGCGAGGGCAACCCGGAAGAACCCUUCAACGAUGCAUACCGCCUGUUGUUCAACGCCGAAGUGGCCUGCGCAGCUGCACGCUUCGAUACUGAUAGCGAAAGUCAGUUGCAGUACAACAUCAAGUACGUGGGCGCAUCGCGAUGGUCGAUUAGAGAGCAGAAUGUCUUCUACGCUGCUCUUGGCCGAUUAGGAAGGGACCAUGUGGCUGGCAUAGCAGGAGCGGUUGGCACAAAGAGCAUACCAGAGACACGGGAGUUCCUGCUGUUGUUACAAGAUGCCACAGUGCCCGAGGAUGAGCCCCCGCUGACGCUUCGCGACAUACCCGCCGCCUUUGACGUGGGCAGAAAGUGCAAUGAGCAGCUUGACCUCGCUGCUGACACGCUUGCCUGGUACGACGAGACAUGCGAAGCCAACCAGGAAAUAGACAAAUAUGGCGAUUAUUGGCUUAUUACCCCCCAAAUCGCUGAAGACAUUGAAAUCGCCAUCGAUAGCGCCCGAACGCGAGCGUCAACAUCACCACCGGCGAGUGAGCCCGAAUUCUCACGCAAAGGUGGAGGAGCAGUCGGAGGAUCGUGUGCCACGUGCAGGAAACUCAAGAAAAAGUGCGACAGAGAACAACCAUGCGCCAGUUGCAAGCGAAGAAACGACGAAUGCGUGUACCCACAGCCUCCCGAGAAGCCCCAGGAGAAAGCGACCACGACCCCGAUACUCGAAGCUGUACCAGAAGCCACUCUGUUACAGCCCCGGACCAUGCUCAAGCUCUCAAAGACGCUCUUCAUGAACCGCUCACCCACCAUACCCUCGCCUUGGGCACACUGGUCCGAAUAUACGUCCGAUUUGGCUCAAGAGCCUGCAAUGUACCGCAGCGCAUUGAACAGCUUCCACACCCUCGUCGUCUCUGUUACCAAACGCCUAGUCCAGACGGCCAUCUUCCAAGCCAACUCGCGUCUUCGGUCGCGUCGCCAGCGAGUUGACAAGAUCAAUACGCCCUUGCUAAAGAAGAGGGAUGUGUUGGCUGCUAUCGAUGUAUUGGGCAUGAAAAGAAACGGCCACGAGAGAUGGAGAGGGGUAGCUAGGCGCUGUGGGCUUCGUGUCGAUUGCGGCAAAUGGUCUCAUUACAAACCCCACGGAACUUCACGAGAGGUGCCCUGGGAUGAAGUGGAAAGAAUCUUGGCCCCGACUGACCCGUUGACCGACUCAUCAGGAAUAACAGAUACCGACUCUGAUGAAUUGUCCAAGCCAAGAGCUACGCGAACGGCGACUCGACUCCGCAUAGAAAAGCUUGCCCUAUCAGACCCUAGUCUCAAACCCUCCGUCGUUGAACCUCCACCUCCUACUCCUGCCAAACCCAAGAAGGUGCCCAGGCCUCAAACAAUGAGCUUGCAGCAGUUUGACCGAAACGCAAGCCAUCAGGAAGAGCGUGCCCUUUGUGCCAUGCUCGACUUUGAGCCAAUUUCGCAUGACGAAGAGAGUGACGUGGAUAGUGAUGGCAGCAUAGAGGAAGAUGAAGAAGAGGUUGAAACGCAUCUCGACAGCGACGACUGGCGGUCAUCGACAGAGUACCGUGCAGAAUGGGACGAGUUUGACACCCCAGUCAGCCCGGCACAGUUCCUUGCAAAUCAGAAGCCUGCCGCUCUACCACCCCUUCUGCAAUCCGAUGUUACAGACAGCGGCAACAACACCACUGAUGCGCCAACACGAGCAAAGAGUAAGCCAAACAAGCGGAAGUCAAAGCAAACUAUCGAGUUGAAAACCCUUGAUGGCGCUACAGAACAUUUGGGAUCCAGGAUCGAAAGCAGUGGGACAGAAUCCGAAGUACCUACACAGUCUAUCGAGACGAGGAACAUGCAGCCACGUGAUUUGCAUGCGCAGAGUAGCCAGGUUCAAGACGAUCUUCCAGACACACCGCGGGCCUCAUCUGAAGAGAGUUUCAGUGAUAUGGACAUGGAUGUGCCCGCACCGUCUAUCGAGACGAGCGGGCCGAGAGCGCCCUUUGUGGAUUCAGAUGAUGAGGGAGAGAUGGAUUGGAGUGCAUACAUCGAAUGA